AAAAAAAAAGAGCUCGUCACUUUGCUUUCGUGCUAGCAAAGACAGAUCGAAAACCGAACCCUAUUAGACUGAAACAUUCACAAAAAAACCCCCACACUCAUUCUUCUUCUUUUUCAACUUUCAUCGCUGUGACUCUGUGAUUCAACAACGAUGACGAAGCAGCACGCUAAUUGGUCUCCCUAUGACAACAAUGGAGGAUCCUGUGUUGCGAUUGCCGGAGCUGAUUACUGUGUUAUCGCAGCGGAUACAAGAAUGUCCACUGGUUACAACAUCCUCACUCGGGAAUACUCCAAAAUCUCCCAAUUAGCUGAAAAAUGUGUUAUGGCUUCUUCGGGCUUUCAAGCUGAUGUUAAAGCUUUGCAGAAGGUGUUGUCUGCUAGGCAUUUGAUUUAUCAGCAUCAACACAACAAGCAAAUGAGCUGCCCUGCAAUGGCUCAAUUGCUUUCGAACACUCUCUAUUACAAACGUUUCUUCCCUUAUUAUUCUUUCAAUGUCUUGGGUGGUCUUGACAAUGAAGGAAAGGGAUGUGUUUUCACGUAUGAUGCUGUUGGUUCAUAUGAGAGGGUCGGCUAUAGCUCUCAAGGUUCUGGUUCAACACUCAUUACACCAUUUUUGGAUAACCAACUGAAGUCUCCCAGCCCACUCCUAUAUCCACCUGUGGAUGCUGUUACUCCAUUGGCUGAAGCAGAAGCAGUCGAGCUGGUCAAAACUGUUUUUGCAUCUGCAACCGAGAGAGAUAUAUACACUGGAGAUAAGGUUGAAAUUGUCAUCCUAAAUGCUAGUGGUAUCCAUAGAGAGUACAUGGAUCUAAGGAAAGAUUGAUGCUCUACAAUGAAAUGUUCUGUUGGAGGUGCUGGAUUUGAAUUGAGAAUGUUUGAAGUACUGUAUGUCAUGGUUGAUAUUUCCCAUUAGGCAAAGUUGAGAAAAGCGUUUCCAGUGUGGAACCAAUUCGAGGAAGUGCUAGUUUGUUUACAUUAUAACUAGAGUACUAGACUUUGCUUUCAAUUAAAUUUGCAUUGGAUAUUAUCCGAUCUUUAUUAAUGCAAAUCCACUGUGUUGUAAAAGAUUAUGAAAUUUGAUCAUGGUAUUAUCUCAGCAAAAUCUAAUCAGCUCUAACUGGUGUUUUAUA